AUGCUGGAAGAAAUAACUGGCAUGUUUUUGUCAUUAUUUUCGCUUUUCGUUAACGCAACACCACGCGUAUCUUUACGAGAACAUCAACCAGAGGUUGAUGAUGACAGAUGGCAACCGUAUAUUAAUGAAGAAUACUACGAGAACUUUCAUACCAGCGAACAGUUAAGCUCAGUCUUGGUUAAUGGAAGAAGAACAGCUUAUACAAGGCUUGAUUGUACUUCAUCUGGACAGAAGAGUUAUUGGGAGUCGAUUCGGAGAAGUUUAUGGACAACUCUGACUAUUACGUGCGCUAUGUUCGUACCAACGGCUUUCGUAACGGCGUUUCUUUAUAUUGAUUUAAACACAACGGAUCUUUGUUUGGAGUGGCAGUAUCACAAUAAUACUUUACCAUUUUCUGUAAAACGACUUCGUGUCAUCGGUGACAGUGUUGAAGCGGUGAUAACCAAUCUUUGGUUUCCGCUAACAAUGAUAGUUGUAUUUGGAUGGAAAGAGUUUAAGCUGAGGUUUAUGUCCACCUUUUACGUCGCUUUUAUCUUCGGAGAAACGGUAGUAAUUUAUUACUUAUUUGUGCUAGUAUUUGGUGUCUAUGAUACGAGCGUGUAUUACAGAAUUCCUGCCAAUGUACUGUUUUUUUUCUGGCAUAAUUUGCUGUAG